GGCAAUUCCUUUUCACAUAGCCACAGUCUUUGAUGAUCCUGAUGAUGUAAAUUGGGCGUGGAACAAACUUCUUACCGAUUCAAUUGAACGCCACGCUCCAUUGAGACAAUGUACUAUUCGUGGCAAUCAAGUGCCCUUUUUGACAAAGGAGCUUCGGAAAUCGAUUAUGACGCGUAAUCGUCUUCACAAAAAAUUCCUAAACUCAAGAUCACCUGAGGAUUGGGAAAAUUAUCGUAUGCAAAGAAAUUAUGCUGUCAGCUUACGCCGCCGUUGUAUUAAAAAUUAUUUCAAAAACGAAGCCCACGAGGGAGCAAGGAACCCCGAGUUUUCUG